AUGGCGUCUAUGCCUCCCAGCAGCGCGCCACAGGGCACCCAAUCGUCGCCAGCCAGAGGUCCCGCGCGCCGCACCCCAGACGCGCUCGCGAUGAACGAUGAUGAAGCGGAGGAAGAGGGUGCACCCACUAGAAAGAGGAGAAGACCAAGGAACGCUCAGAACAACGGCAACGUCCCUGUUGUACGCGAUGCUGUUGGCGAGAGUGUCGCGGAGAACUUUGAGGGGUUCCUAAAGAACUACACUGCCGGCGUGCAUCUUGCCGCCACCCCCAACUCGGAAGGGGAUGCACCAGAGACCGAUGGCGAACGCAUCUACAUCGACCAAAUCCACAGCAUGCGCGAAUACGAAAUCACCACCCUCUACGUUGACUAUAGCCACAUCCUUGAAACCGAUGUCGUCCUAGCCGACGCGAUCAAAAAUCAGUACUACCGCUUCCUGCCCUACUUGCGUCGCGCCGUGCUUAACUUGGUCGAGGAAUACGAACCGGAAUACCUGAAAAUCAACCCAACUUCCGCCUCCACAGACAGUGCGAACUUGCAAUCUCGCGAGUUCAAUGUCGCGUUUUACGGCCUUCCUCUGGUCUCUGGCAUCCGCGAGCUACGCACGGACAGGAUUGGUCAGCUGAUGAGCAUCAGCGGGACGGUAACUCGAACGAGCGAGGUCAGACCCGAGCUGCUCUAUGGCAGCUUUGUUUGCGAAGUCUGCAAGGGCAUCAUCAACGAUGUUGAGCAACAAUUCAAGUACACCGAGCCUUCACUCUGUCCAAAUCCCACUUGCGGCAAUCGAGUGGCCUGGCAACUGCAGAUCGACAGCUCCAAGUUCACCGACUGGCAAAAGGUCCGCAUUCAGGAGAACCCCUCCGAGAUACCUACCGGCUCUAUGCCGCGCUCCCUCGACGUUAUCCUUCGCUCAGAGAUGGUUGAGCGCGCAAAGGCCGGAGACAAAUGCGUUUUCACUGGAACGUUCAUCGUCGUCCCGGACGUCAGUCAGUUGGGCUUACCUGGAGGCAACAAGGCAGAACUCAUGCGCGAAGCCAACCGCGGCGGCGCGAACGCGAUGACUGGGGGUGUGGGCGGCACGGGUGUAACGGGUCUGAAGAGCUUGGGUGUGCGCGACUUGCAGUAUAAAACUGCCUUCUUGGCGUGUAUGGUCAAGGAUGCUGAUGCUCGGAAUGGUACCAACGUUCGCGGCGAAGAAGACGUCGGCGAGGACAGCGCGAACACCUUCAUUUCAUCCUUGACGGAACCUGAGUACGACGAGCUCAAGAGCAUGAUCAACUCGGAGCACAUCUACUCACGGUUGGUGGAGAGUAUCGCGCCGACCGUGUAUGGACACGAGAUCGUGAAGAAGGGUAUCUUGCUGCAGCUUAUGGGCGGUGUCCACAAGCAGACGGCCGAAGGCAUGCAUCUGCGUGGUGACAUCAACAUUUGCAUCGUUGGUGACCCGUCUACUUCAAAGUCGCAAUUCCUCAAAUACGUCUGCUCCUUCCUGCCUCGUGCCGUCUACACUUCAGGCAAGGCCUCGUCAGCAGCCGGUCUCACAGCCGCUGUGGUCAAAGACGAAGAAACCGGCGACUUCACCAUCGAAGCCGGUGCCCUCAUGCUCGCCGACAACGGCAUCUGCGCCAUCGACGAAUUCGACAAAAUGGACAUCUCCGACCAAGUCGCCAUCCACGAAGCUAUGGAGCAGCAGACCAUCUCCAUCGCCAAGGCCGGCAUCCACGCCACGCUCAACGCGCGCACGUCCAUUCUCGCUGCCGCGAACCCCAUUGGGGGCCGGUACGACAAGAAGAAGACGCUCAGGGCGAACGUGCAGAUGAGCGCGCCGAUAAUGAGUCGGUUCGAUUUGUUCUUCAUCGUGCUGGAUGAGUGCGACCAGGCGACGGACUUGAAUAUUGCGAAGCAUAUUGUGAAUGUGCAUAGAUUUCAGGAUGAGGCGAUUCAGCCGGAGUUUAGCACGGAGACGCUGCAGAGGUAUAUUCGGUAUGCGAGGACGUUCAAUCCGAAGUUGACGCCCGAGGCUGCAGACGUGUUGGUUGAGAAAUAUCGCUUGCUGCGACAGGACGAUGCGACUGGCAUCGGGAGGAAUUCCUACCGAAUCACUGUCCGUCAGCUGGAAAGUAUGAUCCGGUUGAGCGAGGCCAUCGCUCGUUCCAACUGCACGGCUGAGAUCACUCCUGUCAUGGUCCGCGAGGCGUUCAGCCUUUUGCGACAGUCCAUCAUCCACGUUGAGCAGGACAAUAUCGACUUCGAUGCCGAAGAUCUCGACGGCGAACAGCCAGAGCAGCCCACAGCUGCUGAUGGAGACGAGGACGUCGAGAUGUCCGGCGCCACCGAUGCCGCGGAUGAGAGCUCCAUACCUGUCCGCAGAGGCCGAACACCGACAGCCGCGCCAACCACCGACCACACAGCAACGACUCCCGUGCCAGACGCUCCGCCAGCAGCUCCGCAGAAGCGUCGCAUGGUCAUCACGCACGACAAGUACAUGCAGAUUCAGGCGAUGCUCGUCACGUACAUCUCGAACAACGAGCAGAACUCGCAGGGCGGAGGGGUCGAUCGGGAGGAGCUGAUUGAUUGGUACCUCGAGCAGAUGGAGGACCAGUUGCAGUCGAUUGAGGAUCUGGAGUAUGAGCGCGAGUUGGUGGUGAAGGUGUUGAAGAAGUUGGUCAAGGACAACUACCUCAUCGAGAUACGCGGGGCCGUGUCUGACUCCUUGCCUUCUGAGGAGUCACAGUCCUCGGCCACCGAAGGCAGUAACGUCCGGGUGCAUUAUCUUGUUCAUCCGUCGGUGGAGACGGAUUCGCAGUCGUCAAUCCCGUAA